UUGGUGUUGUGGCUACAUAAAUGAGAAUCGGAGUGAAGAAGCUUCAGCUUCGAAAUUGUUGGUGAUGGUGAAGAAGCGAAGCUCCAAAGCGACCCUUUUAUCGAUCUUCAUCUCUUUCAUUGUUUUCUGUGCCCUUGUUCCUGUUUUCGUUUCUCUUCCUUCUCUCCCCUCUCACCAUGCCCAUCAUUCUAAUCACAAGAAAGUUAACAUGAAGUUUGAGAUUGACAACGAUAGGUUCUGGAAAGACGGUGAACCUUUUCAGAUCAUUGGUGGUGACCUGCAUUAUUUUCGAGUGCAUCCAGAGUACUGGGAAGAUAGAUUGUUAAAAGCCAAGGCAUUGGGCUUGAACACGAUUCAAACAUAUGUUCCUUGGAAUCUGCAUGAACCAACACCGGGAGAGCUUGUUUUUGAGGGUUUUGCAAACAUUGAAUCAUUCCUCAACCUUUGUCACAAACAUGGUUUCCUUGUGAUGGUUCGAGCCGGACCAUACAUAUGUGGAGAGUGGGAUUGGGGCGGUUUCCCAGGUUGGUUCGCUUCCCUGAACCCAUCCCCCAAACUAAGAUCUACUGAUCCUACUUUUCUUCAACUGGUUGAAAGAUGGUGGGGUAACCUGCUUCCAAAAUUUGUUCCUCUCCUGUAUGACAACGGAGGCCCUAUAAUAAUGGUUCAGAUUGAAAAUGAAUAUGGUUCUUAUGGAGAUGACAAAGUAUAUCUCCAUCACCUAGUUACUAUGGCUAGAGGUCAUCUCGGGCAUGAUGUUAUUUUAUAUACUACAGAUGGAGAGACCAGGGAAUUACUUGAGAAGGGAACUAUUCGAGGAGAUGCUGUCUUUUCAGCUGUUGACUUCGGUCCUGGCUCUGACACUUGGGCGAUAUUCAAGUUACAAAAGGAGUUCAAUGCCCCAGGAAAAUCACCACCAUUGAACACCGAAUUCUACACUGGGUGGCUUACACACUGGGGAGAAAAAUUUGCGAGGACUGAUGCUGAGCUUACAGCAGCUGCUCUUGAAGAAAUUUUGCGGAAAAAUGGUUCUGCAGUCCUCUAUAUGGGGCAUGGUGGGACAAACUUUGGAUUUUAUAAUGGAGCAAAUACUCAUGCAGACGAGGCUGACUACCAGCCUGAUCUCACUUCAUAUGAUUAUGAUGCACCAAUUACGGAAGCUGGUGAUGUUGACAAUUCAAAAUUCAAUGCUAUUCGAAGGGUUAUAGCCCGAUAUAGCUCAGUACCUCUUCCAUCUGUUCCUCCUAGUAAUGGAAAGACUAGUUACGGAUCAAUUCACUUACAAAGAAAAGCUUUCUUAUUUGACAUGUUUGAUUUCACCAGUUCCACCAAUGUGUUUGAAUCUGAAAAUCCAAUGUCAAUGGAGUAUGUGGGCCAGUUGUUUGGUUUUUUAUUGUACGUUACUGAAUACAAAGCAAAGAGAGGCGGAAGUAUUUUGUUCAUACCAAAGUUGCAUGACAGAGCUCAAGUAUUUAUCUCAUGCCCUUCUGAAGAGAGUGAUUCAAGGCCAACUUAUGUUGGUACCUUGGAAAGAUGGUCAAAUAACAAACUCAGCCUUCCUGAAUUUAAAUGCCAUUCUAACAUCAACUUACUUAUUCUGGUUGAAAACAUGGGUCGUGUAAAUUACGGGCCUUUCAUCUUUGAUAGCAAGGGCAUUCUGUCCUCUGUUUAUCUGGACGGGAAAAGUGUACAUGGAUGGAAAAUGUACCCUGUUCCUUUGCACAACCUGAAUGAAGUGCAAACUUAUAAUCCUAUCAAGAAGGCUGCAUAUUCUGCAUUCAAUGAAGUAUCAGCAUCCACAAAAAGAUUGGUUUAUAAGUCUGAGAAUACUUCAACAGAACCUGCUUUUUAUUCUGGCGAUUUCUUCAUUGAUAAAUCAAGUCAGAUCAAGGAUACGUUUAUAUCAUUCAAAAAUUGGGGAAAAGGAAUUGCUUUUGUUAAUGACUUCAACCUAGGAAGAUAUUGGCCUUUGAGAGGACCACAGUGCAACCUCUACGUUCCUGCUCCAGUCCUUAGGCAAGGAGAUAAUUUUUUGGUAAUACUCGAGUUGGAACAUCCAGACCCUGAACUUUUGGUACACACAGUUGAUGGGUCAGACUUUACAUGCGGCUAUAGUCAGUUGAAUGUCCAUCAGAUGUAAUAUCGUAUCAUAAAAUUAUGCUGACCUUUGAAAAUGUAUGGAAGAUUGUUCUUGGAAAUCGAAUUAAAAUAUAAGGUAGAGAGUUGUGGUUUAUAUUUAGUAUAAGU